AUGCCCCCGCGCACGUAUCGAAACGGCGACCGCGCGUCGGCGGGUUCCUCGAGAACUCCGCUCCCGCGAACCGUGCCGAUCCUGCUGUCGCUUUUUUCUCUCCUCGCCCGAACCACAUUCGCGGCAGAUUCCAGAUGGCUCCCCUCGGUCCCCUCCCCCCCAAACGACGCCUGCUUCGGCGAAAAUAGGUUCGGCACCACUCGCAUCGCUCUGUGCGCCUAUGGUGUGCCCACGACCACGCAGAUCGCCUUCAACGCGUACAAUAAAACCAAUGGCGACCUACCAGCACCCAAGGCAUGGAUCACCAUCCAGGACCACAGCAUCGCGCUCGUAAACAACACAGCUGCUCCCGGAGACAAACCGGAGGUUUGGUCCAAACCUCAGAGCUAUUUCGCGAGCACGAACGAUGGUGGCUCAGAAUUCAUGGGCCAGACGACCUCGACCUGGUUCGGCACCAAGCAGGGGGACCAGAACACGGGCGCCUCCGCCGUUCGCAGCGCCAUGUCGUACGGCUACACCUCCUACGCGCCGAUUGACAGAUGCACCGAGACUUUCGGCUACACUAACGAAACGGCAGCCACCAAGACGGACGCUGAAAUGAUGUCCGAAAAAAGCAUAACCCAGGAAGAAGUCGACCUGAUCCGGAAGCACUGCAACGGAACGUACGACCAGAAGCUCCGCGAAAACCAAUUCAUGACGAUGACCGGAGGUGGUAGUGGCUAUUGGCUCAAUGGAUGCCCUAACUACUCCCCGGGGAACACGUCCAAGAACAUGAACUACACAUGUCCGGCGGUACCCGUCGCUCCCGGCGGCUACAAGUUCUCUAUCCUCGGCAUGCUGUACGGCAGCAUGAUCAACAGCGCCCACAAUGAGUCUUACGGUGGGUACGGUGCCGAGGGUCUACCUGACUACGAGGUACCGCACUGGCGCGAUCUGGCACAGUACAAGUCGCUCGUUAUGACAUCCACUCUCGACAUCACCAACGUCGGCGAAAACACCACCGUGCGCAGCGCGUGGGUCGAGUGGCGCAACGGCACGACGGUCAAUUUCACGAACAUCUCGGAUACCACCAACCUCGCCGGCACCAAGCUGCAUUUCGUCUCGCCCGGCUCGGGAGAGGAUGAGAUCGUCCUGAAGUUCGCUCCGUACUACUCCACCGGCAAAUACGAGCGCGACGUCGCCGCGGUGAAGGAAGAGUUCGGAAUACCCUGCCAGUAUCCGGACCAUUGUCCAACCUGCUUGGAUUACUGCGUCCGCGACAUCACAGGAUAUGAAGGUGGUUUCCAAAGCAAAGCCCUCGGACGUGAAAUUAAAAAGCUGGGCAACGGCGGACUCUCCACACUGCCCACUCAGCAUGCAAGCAAAAGCAGCUUCUACCCCAAUGCGACUUCAACACCGAAAUCCACAAAAGAAGAGCUCAUGUCAUUAGGAGGCGCGCCGAAACUCGAAGUCACCGAGGUUCGCCCAGUCAAAAUCUUCCUUCGCAAGCACGGCGGCUGCACCGGCCGUCCAGCCAGCCCCGCCGCCGCCGACAUGAGCGGCAAAAACACGUGGCCCAACGCUCCCGCUGACUGCCCCGACUGGUUCAAGGCAUCGACUCAUGACGGCAGCAAAUGGCUGUCAGAAGAACGGGGGACUGAUGUCAAGACCGAGUGGAUGAUCGACUGCGAGGCUGGCGACCUCAGGUGCUACCUCGUCGACGUUCACUUGGACCUCGCGUACCUGAACGGCACUCGCAGCGUCCUCGGCGACAUUACCAACGACGCCGGCUCCGACAAAUACGGCUGGGGCAAGGGAACGUUCUUCAUGUACGAUCCCGAAAUUGGCACCGGCGACGCCGUCGGCGGCUUUGGCGAUGAAAUCCAGGGCUCCGGCGACCUCCCGUGCCCGGCUUCGGGGUGCUUGUAUCCGGGCUCAGAUUCUCCGGCUCCGGCUCCGGCUCCCGACUCCGGCUCAGAUUUCCCCUUCGUGUUCAUCGGCGUCGCCAUCGGCGUCGUCGCACUCGUGAUUGGUAUGGUCGUUUACUGCGUUGUUUUACGCAGGAGGAAGCGCUUGAAAGCUUCCGGGACAAAACAGGUCAAGGCUGAGCUUCGAGGCGACGUGGUUUGGUGCGCGACCAUCACGGCGGAUGUUCUCGGGCUUGGACGCGACGUCCUCCAUCUUCAUCGUGGCCUCCUUCUCCGCGGAGACGCAGUCGACCUCGACGAAGCGGUACAUUAA